UUCAUGGGCGUGCAUAUAUUCAACGCCUCGAUCAUCAUCCACAACGCUGACCCGGAGAAUCCGUUUUCCAUUCACGCCAUGGCGUCAGAAAUCCAUGCGGACGGCGCUGCAGGCGGGCCAGCGCGCGCCUUGGUCUUCAGUACCAAGCUGGUUGAUGCUACCGCCAGGGUUGUGAGAAGUGGGGAGUGCCUCGGGGAGGCUGCUUGCAGUCUGCUCAUUGAAGGGACUGUUAAGGCUGAUGGACCCUUGAAUGUUGAGAAAAUCCACGCGUCGAUCAGCAAUACAGUAAUAACAUUCCAAGACGAGCUUUACCAGUUCCUGGUGAAGCGCAGCAGACGCAGGAGUGCACCUGCGCACGCGCACCAUGCCGAAGACCAUAUAGCCACUGUCAUACCGAGACUGUCGCCCGUUAUACCAAAGAUCUUUAGCUUAAGGAUAGACACAACAAAAAUUGGAUGCUGCGACAAAAUUACACGCACAAACUUCGAAAUGUCUCUGCAGAGUUUACAAGUAAACUCAAGAUUCAGCGCGGCGUCAGUGCACGUGGACGACGGCGGGUGCCACAUUCUAAGCGUGCCGCAGUUAUACGUCGCCUUCCAGAUGGAUCAGUACCAGCUCCUCACCGACGACGAGACGCUGCUCUUCUUGAACAAACUCAAAUUAGAUGCUAAGCUCGAAAAAGCCGUACUGAAUUUGUACUUAAUCAUAAGUACAUUAAAUAUCACGUACAACCACAAGAGCGUGUUCAAGUGGUACACGACAGUCAGAGAGAAGAUGGCGAGGAGCAGACCGUUGCAAGUCAAAGAAACUGCCACACGCGGCGGCGGCGGCGGCGCGGGCGGGUUGUCGGUGUGGCUGGCGCGCGUGGUGUCGUCGUGCGUGGUGCAGGGCUGCGCCGAGCUGCGCGCGGUUACGUUGCACGCGAGUCUCGCGCAUGCGCACGCGCUCGCCGCCGGCUGCGCGGGCGUCAAGGUCAAACUCGACCAGCUGCUCGACACCAGAGAAGAAGCGUACAAAUCGUCUAUGGCACGGCUGGUAGUGGGGUCGCGGCACUGGAGCACGGAACUGCUGGUGGACGGAGGCUGGCUGGCGACGGGUCCAGGGUGCCUGCUGCUGAAGGACGCGCCGCCGCGCAGGCAGCACGCGUGGGGCUCGGCGCUACUCGCCGUGGCGCUGGUCAAGUGGGGCAGCCAUGGGCCUAGGGACUCUAAGGUAGAGGCAAUGAUGGACUGCCUGCGUCUCGAAUGGAGUUCAACCAUCGCUGAAACAAUAAUCUCGUUGGUCGAGUGUAUAGACCAGUACAGGAGCACUUCCCCUCACAAACGAGAUAUACCUAUCGAUUCUACCGACACUCCUCUGAACAUAGCCGUGAACGUAGCGCUGUCUCAUAUCAAUCUGUUCCUGAUAGUAAACCAGAAUAUGUGCCUGAUGACGAGGAUAGAUGCGGUGACCCUGGAGAAGACGGUCAGCAAGUCUGGUGCUGUUGUGUCGGGGCUGAAGGUGGUGGACAUGGUGCCUUAUAGAGGGAACAUGCAAUGCCAAAGAUCAGACGAGAUACCGACCACGUUUUUCCACGUGAAACUGGCCAGGAUAGAACAAGUACCCUCAAAAGAGAGGUACUCCACACUCCUCGACUUUCAGUUCAUCGAAAAUGUUGACUUCGAGUGGAGUGCGAACCUGCAUCUCAAGAUAUUGACCUUUGUAAGGGCUAUAAGAGGUUUUAGGGACCAAUUGAGAGAGUUGAAAAGAGACCGCAAUAUCGAUACGCAUUCGGUAAGAAAGAGAGCGAUAGAUUGGCGAGUUUCGUUUAAAGGCGAAACCAAUUUGGGAUUGAUUUUAUCUGAACAGAAUAAUAUGCUUUUUGGGACUGACGAUAUGACGAUAUCCUACGACCAUGAAGCCGGUUUAUCAAUAAUCUGGAGCAAACUACACAUGGUGCUGAAUGGAGAAGAGAUGAUCACUGUCGAUGGUUACUCUAUGGAGCGCGCGACGGAUGAUCACGAAGUGCGCGUGGAAAGAAAGGCUAAUGAGGGCUUCCUUCUUACUUGGAAUAAGGUUUGGGCCGUGAACAUCGACUCGAUUCGGGUAAUAUUCCCGUACAAACAUCGAUUCGCGGAGGCGGUGCAAGGAGACUUCGUUUCGCUGUUUAAAUGGGUUAAGAUGGUACACGGCAUCAAGAAGAAACCGUUUACUGCCGACAGUCCGCUGCCCAGUGAUUUGCAUAUAAAGAUCGAAGAGCUUCUGAUAGAAAUGAGCGAUGAUCCGUUUGAAGUGAAACUGCGUGACAAUUACGAAUUGUUGGAGGAUGAGUACAAGGAGAGCCAGAAGCGACGCACCAUGCUGGAUGCUAAGGUGGCGGAGCUGUGCGCGCCGCAGCUGUUCCUGCCGGCCGGCAAGGUGGAGGAGCUGUACGCGGCGCUGCGGCACAAGGACGCGCAGAUCUACGUGCAGCGCUCGCGCGCCGCGCCGCCGCCGCGCACGCGCCUCGUGGCCUGCGCACUCGCGCGCCUCACGCUGCUGGCGCUGGCCGACCCCGCGCUGCACGGCGCCGACCACGCCAAGCGACGCCUCAGGGAGAUCGACGUCGACAGUCCGUGGCCAGAAGACGGUGUGGAGUUCUCGACUCUGUGGUGCCGCAGCAUCAACCUGACGUGCUCGCAGUGGCAGCUGCUGCUGAGAGACUUCCCGCAACCGCUGCUCAACAUGAGCGAGCUGCGCAUGUGGGGCACGCUCAUGGGCGCCGAGGAGAUGCCGCCGCCAAGAGCGGUACGGACGGUGGUGAUAAACCAGGGCGAGCCCUGGGGCGAGGUGGAGCUGGAGCGGAGCAUGAUGCCGCUCAAGUGGUACUACGACCUCUGCUGCGAGAUGGCCGAGUACAGCUACGCGUUCGGACCUUGCUGGGAGCCGGUUAUCGCUCAUUGUAACCUGUCAUUCGACCAAGUAUCCCGUCCCUCAUUGGACCCAUCAGCUCCGCUAGCUUGGUGGGAUAAGGUCCGCUUGUUGAUGCACGGCCGGCUCACGGUCAACUGCGCUAAGUUCACGUGUCUGCUGCACGUGUCACUCGACCCGUACAACACUACCGAGGAGAUGGAGGUCACGUGGACCGACCUCGUGCUGGAUUGGACUAAUGGUAAGCUGGGGUUCCUGGGCUCGCUGGAGGUGCUGGUGCGCACGGCCAGCAAGUACGACGACUGCCGCGUGGUGGUGGUGCCGGCGCUGCGCCUGGCGGUGAAGCUGGGCUGGCUCACGGUGGCGGACGCGCGCGACCACCACGCCGUGGCGCCCUGCGCGCCCACGCGCCUGCCCGAGUACUCCAGCAACCAGGAACACGAUUCGUACCGAGCAUUUCGGUCGCAAGGUCUCGAUCUGCAUUUAAGUAUCGAAACGAAGUCGAGCGAUAAAGACCCAUACGGACCUGUUGUUCUGUUGUACGGUAGUACUCUCAGGUGGUUCGAGAGCUUGAAACUGAUACUGUCAGGUAUCACGCGGCCUACUCGUCGCGGGCGACUGUUCGGCAAUGUGCGCCCGCGCAAGCCGCAACUCUCGCGGCACUACCGCAGCGUCAGUGUCUCCGUCACUCUACAUAAUUUGCAGGUGUGCUACUGGUCAUCAUCAUCGCUCCAGCGCGGUAUCGAAGUCCUCGGGGCUCGGGUGAACUGCGGCUCCAAACAUCGGCUGACCCUAGUGCCCACCACGGACGGACUCGUGCGUCGGCCUCGCGCCAACUGGACGACAGGGUACAUGAACUGCGAUAUCACGGACGCUGAGAUAUGGCUUAAGACGCUCGCCUCCGCCAAUGAUGAUAAGGAGGGUGAUGAACUGUCAGCGUUGACGCCAGCUACGAUGGAGAAGUGUUAUUGCCUGUCGGUGCGGCGCGUGUCGUACGGUCGCUCGGCGUGCGGCGCGGUGGGCGGGGCGGGCGGGGCGGGCGGCGGGGCGGCUGCGCCCGCGCACCGGCUCGCCGUGCACGACCUGCGCGGCGCCUGGACCAAACUCAACCGAGACCUCGCUUUCGCGCUCAUUGACACUUACAUCAAGACGCAGCAAUUAAAGAAAAAUUUAUCGACCAAAGCUCUAAAAGAGGAAGAACAGCCGGCCACCUCACCUAAACAUCAACGUGAAGCCGAUGUCAUAUCACCACCGCCAUCGACAUCGUCUCAAAUCAACGCGGGAGCGGGUUCGUGCGGCGGCGGCAUGCUGGCGGCGCUGGUGGCGGAGGCGGGCGGCGAGGCGCCCGUGGUGUUCAGCGACGAGCUCAGCGGCGCCGAGCCCGCCGCGCCGCACGCGCACAACAACAGGCAUCUGCUCGACGACGACAACUCGCACACCGCGUGCCUUAUCGAGCUGGUGAACUCGCAAGUGGCGCUGCGCGGCAGCGAGAGCGGCGGGUACGUGGUGGUGUGCGCGGCGCGCGCGGAGGUGCGGCAGCGCGUGCGGCGCGCGCCGCCCGCCAGCGCGUGGUCGGGCGCGCUCUCCGCCAUGCAGUACUACGCCACCGUCUCCGCGCUCGCCGCCGACGCGCGCCGCCUGCACGAAAACAUCCAAUGGGUAUCGGUGGAAGAAAUUGAAGAGCGAUGGCAAGGCACCGAAAUCAGUACGUUACCUGAUGUACCGCGUCUCGUGGGCAGCGGACACUCCGCCGGCGGUGUCAUUGGACGCACUGUCGGACCUAGUGCUGACACGGGACUCGCUCAGUUACAACGCAUCGUGUCGCGCUGCGCGUGCGAGUUCCACUACGUGUCGCACGAGGAGGCGGAGCCGCUGAGCGGCGCGGGCGCAGGCUGGCCGCACGCACACCCGCCCUACGACUCCUUCACGCUCAUGCACCACGACCUCGACGUCUGCACCAACUCGCUGCAGUACGCGAUGCUGCUAGACGUGGUGAACAACGUGGUGCUGCACGUGGAGCCGGAGCGGCGCCGCACGCUGGAGCGGCGCGCGCGCAUGCGCUUCCAGCUGCAGCUGCACCAGGACCAGGACCCGCGGCACCUCAUACACAAGCUGCAGACGCAGGUUAGAGAAUCUUUGGCGAGACUACGGCGCAUGGAGAAGGAGUACUAUCUGAAGAAUAGAUCGAUCACUGGCAACGAUCCGGUCGCUCUUGCCGAGUUGAAAAGUCUCGAUGAUCAGGUGAACGAGUGCAAGGAGUGCGUGUGGUCGCUGGGCGAGGAGCUGGACGCCAUGGUGCGCGCGUGGCGCGAGGGCCGGCGCCAGGCGGGGCGCGCGGGGCGCGGGGGCCCGUGCGCGGCCGCGCCGCACCGCUACAACGAGAUCUGCUUCAAGAGCGCGCGCUGGCGCCUCACCGACGCCGACGGACAGCUCGGCAUCGCCGACCUGCUGCUCACCAACUUCCUAUACACAAAAACAUCAAGGUCUGAUGACUCAGUGGAACAUCAGUUGGAGGUAGGAUACGUGAGCGUCAAAAAUCUGCUGCCCAAUGAGCCCUUCCCGGAGGUGCUGGUGCCGCAGGAGCCGUCGGGCCGCGCGCCGCUGGCCCGGCGCGCGGCGCUGCGCGUGUUCUGCCGCGACCGCCCGCCCGUGGGGGGGAUCGCCGUCAAGGAACACUUCGAGGUCAACAUCGUGCCCAUACGGAUUGGUCUCACAAAGAAGUUCUUCAACACAAUGCUAAAGUUCUGCUUCCCGGAGCGUGACCCUGACGCUAUGGAUGAUGCGGAAGAUGAGGCCGAGGGCACGUUACGACCUUCGUCCUCCGCCAGCCUGGUCUCCACCGGCUCUAAGAAGAUGAAGAAGAAGGGCAAAGACUCAAACUCCAACUUCUACGUGAAGAGGGAUAAGAGGGACAAGGAUGAUGUUGAGAAGAUGAAGGAGCGUGCUGAAAAGAACAAGCUAUUCAUAUACAUCAAGAUACCUGAAGUACCAGUGAGGGUGGCGUACAAGGCAGCAAAGUAGAAGAAUCUGGAGGAUGUCCGGGACUUGCCGCUGGUGCUGCCGACCCUCGAGUACCACAACGUCACCUGGACUUGGCUGGAUUUGUUGCUUGCCACCAAGACUGACACUAGGAAGUGA